CAAUGCAUAAUCACAGACUAUUUCCAUAAGCAGUUGACUAAACCAUGGACAAACUCCCCGCGGUUGCUGGUCUGGCGAGAAGAUUUGAUGAACUAAGUCCAAUACCUAACAACGAGUAUCUUGCCGGACUCUGGAAGCAUACCCUGCGGUACGAUCUUUGGGUUCACGACUCCGUCCGCGAUUACGGAUGUCUCAACGAUGUAGAUCGCAGCUGAAGGGUCCGGAAGUAUCG